AUGGCACAAGCUGCCCUCAAACCCGAAUUGAGCGAUGAACCCGUUUCCACCGGCAUCGACGAGGCCGCGCGCGAGAAGAUCGCCCAGGCGCUGUCGGCCAUCCUGACCGACACCUACUAUCUGGUGAUCAAGUCGCACAUCUAUCAUUGGAACGUCGUCGGCCCCAUGUUUCACGCGAUCCACAACAUGACCGAGGAGCAGUACACGAACCUGUUUCAGGCAGCCGACGAUAUCGCCGAACGCAUCCGCGCCCUGGGGCACAAGGCGCCGAUCGCCGAUGCGGCCGGUCCGAACCAGGCGGUGGUUUCGAUGGACGCAUCGGCCAAGUCGGCACACGACAUGGUCGCCGAUCUCAUCGACGAUCACGAAGCGGCCAUCCGCAAGAUGCGCGAAGCGGCCGACAUGGCCGAGGAAAUGAGCGAUUUUGUCACCCACGACCUUUUGGUCGGGCGGAUGACCUACCAUGAGCAGGUCGUCUGGAUGUGGCGCUCGCUGAUUACGGAGUAA